AAUGAAACCUGGGUGAUAGAUGGACAUCGUGCAUUGCAAACACCGAUUCGAUUUACCAACGGAGAAAUAUUGCUUCUUUCGGUCGAACUGAAGGGCACACCGUACCAGCACGGAAAUGUUGGCAUGAUUGCGGCCGUGACAAUUUGUAGUCUUCUGGCACUCGCGGUACUCGUAUUCGGCGCGGUAUGCAUGUACAAACGAAGACACAAUCUAUCCUCUCCCAUGUCCCGAUUCUUUCCGCUUCGACGUCGCAUGAUGAUGAGACGGGCAUUCUGGCGCCAACAAGGAGAUGGUGUAUUGGUUGAUGAGCCCGACGGUGAAGACUAG